AUGAAUGACAGUCAUGGGUCCGGAAGCGCCUCCAGUUCCACUAUGGGGAAGAAGGAAGCGGAGGUUCAUCAGCUGGCCAGACAGUUCACAGAGCAGAGCACCUAUUCCACCGCGGGACAAAACCCUUUUGCUGCGGAGGCAGGAUCGGCCCUGGACCCCAAUAGCGAACACUUUAAUGCUCGGGCGUGGUGCAAGGCCAUGCUACAGAUGAACACCGAGGACGAGCAGGCACAUCCGCUGCAAACCCUGGGAGUCGCCUUUAGCAAUCUUAAUGUGCACGGUUUCGGUUCUGACACCUAUUACCAAAAACGCGUCGGCAACUUCUGGUUAGAGGUGCUUAGUCUGGCAAGGAAAGCGCUCGGCCAAAAGCAGCGCAAAAUCCCGAUUUUACAGAACUUGGAAGGACUGGUGGAGGCUGGAGAGAUGCUGGUGGUUCUUGGACCCCCUGGAUCGGGAUGCUCGACUUUCUUGAAAACUAUUGCUGGAGAGACUCACAGCUUUCAUGUCGAUAAGAGCUCAAACAUCAAUUUCCAAGGUGUGAGCGCAAAACAGAUGGCCCACGAGUUUAGAGGCGAAGCCAUCUACACCGCGGAGGUCGACGUCCACUUCCCCAAGCUUACUGUUGGAGAUACCCUCUACUUUGCUGCGCGCGCCCGAGCACCACGACACAUUCCUGGAGGGGUCAGUGUGACCCAGUAUGCCAGCCAUAUGCGAGACGUGAUUAUAGCCAUGUUUGGUCUCAGCCGCACCAAGAACACGAUCGUAGGAAACGACUUUAUUCGCGGUGUGUCUGGUGGAGAGCGCAAGCGGGUUAGUAUCGCCGAAGCUUGCCUUAACAACGCGCCGCUGCAGUGUUGGGAUAACUCCACUCGUGGUCUUGAUAGUGCGAGUGCCAUCGAGUUCUGCAAGACAUUGCGCAUGCAGACAGACAUUAAUGGCGCCACAGCCUGUGUCUCUUUGUACCAAGCUCCUCAGGCUGCCUAUGUAUACUUCGAUAAGGUCCUGGUUCUAUACGAAGGCCGCGAGAUCUACUUCGGUCCCACAUACACGGCGAAGCAGUACUUCCUUGAUAUGGGCUUUGCCUGCCCCGAGCGACAAACCGAUGCCAAUUUUCUCACCUCUAUGACUAGCCACCGCGAGCAUGUCGUGCAGCCAGGUUACGAAGACCGUGUACCUCGAACACCCGAUGAGUUCGCUGCACGAUGGAAGGCCUCACCACAGCGAGCACAGCUUGUGCAAGAUAUUAAGAAGUAUAAUACAAAGUUCGCACUGGGUGGUGAAUACUUGGACAAGUUCAAGCAGUCUCGGCGAGCUCGGCAAGCCAAGACUCAGCGUGUAUUGUCUCCCUACACCCUUUCCUAUGCACAACAGGUGAAGCUGUGCCUGUGGCGCGGGUAUCAACGAUUAAAGGCUGAUCCCAGCGUCACAAUCUCUUCGUUAUUCGGAAAUACUAUUAUGGCUCUCAUUAUCGCUAGCAUCUUCUAUAACCUCAAGGUCGACACAAGUACCUUCUUUCAGCGCGGUGCUCUUCUCUUCUUUGCUGUUCUUAUGAACGCCCUUGGUUGUGGCCUUGAAAUGCUGACUCUGUACGCGCAACGAGGGAUCAUAGAGAAGCACUCCCGAUACGCUCUCUACCACCCAUCUGCUGAAGCAAUUUCAUCGAUAAUAAUGGAUUUGCCCUAUAAGAUUCUCAACGCUAUUACUUCCAAUAUAGUUCUCUACUUCAUGACUAACUUAAGGAGAGAACCCGGUGCUUUCUUCUUCUUUGUCUUUACCUCGUUCUUCCUGACUCUGACCAUGUCGAUGUUCUUCCGGUCUAUGGCAUCGCUAACAAGAUCCCUUGUUCAGGCUCUACCCUUCUCCGCCGUUCUCCUUCUUAGUCUUAUUAUGUAUACCGGGUUUACUAUCCCAACAGGGUACAUGCUUGGGUGGGCUCGCUGGAUUGCCUAUAUUAAUCCUAUUAGCUAUGGCUUUGAGUCUCUACUAAUUAAUGAGUUCCACGGCCGCGACUUCCCGUGCAUGAACUAUGUCCCGUCGGGUCCUGGCUACGCGGAUCUCGGGCCUAAUAACCGUGUUUGCUCCACCGUCGGAUCUGUACCCGGACAAUCCUUUGUUAAUGGUGAUGCCUACAUCGAGUCAGCGUAUGGCUAUACCGCCUCGCACAAGUGGAGAAACAUCGGUGUUAUAUUCGCCUACAUGCUCCUGCUCGGGGCUGUCUAUCUAGUUGCUACUGACUUCGUCACCGAGAAGAAGUCGAAGGGCGAGGUCCUAGUUUUUCCUCGUGGACACAAAGCUCUGAAGAAGGGCAAGUCAGAUGAAGAUCUUGAAGGGGGUAGUGGCCGCAGCGUCACUGUGGAGAAGACUGACUCCGGCGGCCUUGCCAUGGUCGAACGCCAAACCGCGAUCUUCCAAUGGAAGGAUGUCUGCUUCGAUAUCAAGAUUGGAAAGGAGAAUCGCAGGAUUCUUGACCACGUUGACGGAUGGGUUAAACCGUGGACUUUGACAGCGCUUAUGGGCGUCUCUGGUGCUGGAAAGACCACGCUCUUAGAUGUCCUGGCUACGCGUACCACUAUGGGAGUUAUCAGUGGAGAAAUGCUUGUCGAUGGCAAACCCUGUGAUGACUCCUUCCAACGGAAGACCGGCUAUGUUCAGCAACAAGAUUUGCAUUUGAGUACUGCUACAGUGCGCGAGGCGCUUGAAUUCUCUGCUCUUCUACGCCAGCCUGCUCACGUUCCUCGUCAAGAAAAGAUUAACUACGUGACAGAAGUAAUAAAGCUUCUUGCAAUGACCGAGUAUGCUGACGCUGUUAUUGGUGUCCCUGGCGAAGGCCUUAAUGUUGAGCAACGUAAACGUCUCACAAUCGGGGUAGAGCUUGCGGCUAGGCCGGCUCUGCUUCUUUUCUUGGACGAACCGACCUCAGGGCUUGAUUCUCAGACAUCCAGGGCUAUUGUUGAUCUCCUCGAUGAACUGAAGAAGAACGGCCAAGCUAUUUUGUGUACUAUCCAUCAACCGUCUGCCAUGCUGUUCCAGCGCUUCGAUCGUCUCCUCCUUCUUCAACCUGGUGGUCGCACCGUCUACUUUGGAGAAGUCGGCCACAACUCGCAAAUCAUGAUUGACUACUUCGUCCGCAACGGUGGCCCUCCAUGCCCUCCAGCCGCCAAUCCCGCCGAAUGGAUGCUCGACGUGAUCGGUGCCGCUCCUGGAUCCCACACUGAUAUCAACUGGUUCGAGACAUGGCGUAACUCCCCCGAAUACGCACGAGUCCAAGAGCACCUCGCCGAACUGAAACACGAACACUUCCCACAAACCAACCUGUCCCGCACCACAUCCGGCCAAAAGAGCGAAGACAAAGCCAGCUACCGCGAAUUCGCCGCUCCCUUCUGGGCCCAGCUCCGCGAAGUCCAAAUCCGAGUUUUCCAGCAAAUCUGGCGCUCGCCCACUUACAUCUACUCCAAGACCGCCCUCUGCGUCUUGACUGCUCUCUUCAUCGGCUUCUCUCUCUUCCGCACACCCAACACAAUCCAAGGCCUCCAGAACCAAAUGUUCGGCAUCUUCAUGCUAUUCACCCUAUUCGGCCAACUCAUCCAACAAAUGAUGCCGCAUUUCGUUGCCCAGCGCGCACUAUACGAAGUCCGCGAACGCCUCUCAAAGACCUACUCCUGGAAAGCCUUCAUCAUCUCCAACAUCGUCGUCGAACUCUCCUGGAACUCGCUCAUGUCCGUCCUUAUGUUCUUAUGCUGGUACUACCCGAUCGGUCUGUACCACAACGCCGAACCAACAGGCGCGGUGAACCUGCGGGGCACGCAAAUGUGGCUAAUGAUCUGGACCUUCCUUCUCUUCUCGUCCACCUUUGCGCAUUUAAUGAUCACGGCGUUCGAGGCGACCGAGAACGCCGGAAACCUAGGUAACCUGCUCUUCUUGCUUUGUCUGCUUUUCUGUGGGAUUCUGGCGACACCAGAUCAGCUCCCAGGGUUCUGGAUCUUCAUGUACCGCGUUUCGCCAUUUACGUACCUGGUCAGCGGGAUGUUGUCUGUGGGUUUAUCCAAUACGAACGUAACCUGCGCAGACAACGAAUAUCUGCGCUUUGACCCGGUUAAUGGGACUUGCGGUGAGUACAUGGAGUCGUACAUGUCGAAUAUGGGUGGGUAUCUCGAGGACGAAAUGGCGACUUCUGGCUGUAGCUUCUGCCCGAUCAAGGAGACGAAUGUGUUCCUUAGUGGUAUUUCGUCGAGUUACUCGGAUAUCUGGAGGAAUUUUGGGCUCAUGUGGGUGUUUAUUGUUUUUAAUAUCUUUGCGGCGUGUUUGUUGUACUGGUGGGUUCGUGUUCCGAGGGUAAAGAAGCCAGUCGCUAAGACCUAG